AUGGCGGGUUUAAGCGGCGCCGGCAGACGUGCUUACAUGAAACUCUUCACCUCCGCCGCCAAGUAUUCAUCAUUUUCGGCGUCGAAUGAAAUGAAUCUGAUAAAGCAAUUGAGAGAAAGAACAAGCGCUCCUAUUAAAGACGUGAAAGCAGCACUGGUGGAUUCGAACUGGGACAUCGACGCCGCUCAGAAGGAACUCCGGAAGAGGGGAAUUGUUCUCGCUUCCAAAAAAUCAUCUCGUGCUGCUUCCGAAGGUUUGCUCGCUCUAGCUCAAAACCACCACAAAACCGCACUCAUUGAACUCAACUGCGAAACCGAUUUCGUUGCUAGAAAUGACAUUUUUCAACACUUGGCAUUAUCUCUCGCUAACCAAGCUUUGUUGCUCCAUAAUAAUAAUUCUUCUUCGUUUCACUUUGGACCUCAAUCUUUCCAGGAUAUAAGAUUGAAUCUUGAACAUCCAAAGAUCAAUGGAGAAACUACUGUUCAAAAUGCUAUCACAGAUGUAGCUGCCAUGAUGGGAGAGAAUGUAAAACUUACAAGAGCUUAUGUCAUGCCUGCACCAUCUAAUGGUCUUGUAUCUACAUAUCUUCAUACCAGUCCCCAACCUGGUUUGGGUCGCAUUGCUGGAAUCUUAUCGCUUGAAGUUGAUGGUGAUAAAACACAUGCAGAUGCACUUCAACGUGUUGGAUCAGAGUUGGCCAUGCAUGUAGUGGCGGCAAAACCAUUAUUUUUAACAAGGGAACUUGUAUCUUUAGAUGCAUUAGAAAAUGAGCGUGAAAUUCUUAAAUCUCAGGCAGAAGCUUCUGGUAAAUCUCAGACGACCAUAGAUAAAAUGGUUGAAGGGCGUCUGCGCAAGUACUUUGAGGAUGUUGUGCUUAUGGACCAAAAGUUUGUUAUGAAUGAUACUAUGAAAGUGAAGGUGGUGCUGGAUAAUCUAUCCAAGGAGGUGGGUUCAUCCGUGAGGGUUGUAAACUUUCUCAGAAUGGAAGUUGGAGAAGGAAUUGCAAGGAAAGAUACCGAUGCAUCUGAGUCUGUUGCACAGGCAGCCUAA